AUGGCAGACCCUCUGAGUGUUUCAGCCGCGGUCGUCAGCCUGGUGGUCCCCACCUUACAUGGUGCACGACUUCUUCUGGACGAUCUUGAGAAGAUCACAAAUGCGCCGGAAACUGUUGCACAGUUGACAGGGGAAGCUAAAUCGAUCAGCAAAUACCUCAGCUUGCUCAAAGGCAUCGGAGCACCAGUGUGGUCAUCCCUAGGAAUGAACAUUGGCGAUCAAUCAAAGGCGACCAUCCAAAGUUGUGAGGAGGCUUGCAGCACAAUUCGUAGUGACAUCCUACGUUGGACCAAGCGGCCUGCAAGUGGCAAACUUUCCUGGAUUGACCGAGUGAAAGUUGGAUUCUUUCGCGAUCAGCAGCUCCAAGCAUAUUUCGACAGGCUCCGAACUCAUAGACUCAGUCUGCAAUCGGUCGUUGGCGUUGCUACCUUAUACUCCUCAAUUCGCAAUUCCCAAACGAACAACGAAAUCAGAGACCUCGUAACAGCCGCUAGCGACCGCACUCAAACAGAAGUCGCAGUAGUCCAGCGCAAACUGGAAGAAGUACAACUCCGUUCAACACCCGAAUCCACUACCAGUAACGAGGACGCCACCGAGUACGACCGGGAUGCAAUUGCAACAAGUUUAGAAGAUCUCCUGGAAGCACUCAAAUUAUCACAACCACUCUUACGGGAGCUGCUCUCACGAUCAGACCCUGCUGAAGUUGAACGAAAUGCCCAAAAGAGCGGCACUACGACCACCAUCACGUUCGGUACGAACGACAGAGGCAUGCAAGUUGGCGUCAGUCAUGGCCAGAUUCAGUUUAGAAGCGGCAGUUGA